AUGGCAAGGGGCCGUCACCAAAAGGAUAAGUUGUACCUGAUUCAUGGCGAGCUGUCCUGCAGCGCCAAGCCGAGUACUGAGGACCGACGCGUGGCGGUGGUUCCUUUCGACUAUUGCAAGCUCCGACUGAAACCGUUCGACCCGGCAGAGCAGGUCUUGUCUGACAAGUCUGGUUACUUCUUUGAGAAAGAAGAGUUGUUAGCCUGGUUAAGUGACUACGGCAAGAAUCCGGUGACGGGAGAAGCUGCGAGCCAGAGGGAUUUUUUCACCGUACAGAUCACGCGUGAUGAGCAAGGCAAUCCAUGCUGUCCGGUGACUGGCAAGCGGUACGGUAUGGGUGACAGUUACCUGGUGAAUAAGCGGAAUGGCAAUUUGUACUGUGACAGUGUGAUUUCCGAAUUGUGUCGAAAGACGGGCUGCUGGGUUGAUCCGGUGGACGGCACUGAUAUGAAGCUGAAGAAGGAUUUGGUGAAGCUGCCGCAGGACACAUUUGGCGUUCUUGAGGAGCGUCAAAACUUAGUAAAAAAGAAAGGACGAAGAAAAGGUAACUCCUCGGCUGCAGAACCUACUCCGGAUGGUCCUGUCGAAAAAAACUCCAGGACACUGGGGACUGGACGGGAACGAUCGGGGUUGGCAAAGCGGGUGCUGAGUGAGUUGGAAAACAGCACAGAGAAUUACGGCGAGAAAUUGGCCAAGUUAUUGCGACGACCAGGUGAUGGUGGACGGGAGGGGUAUUUGGACCCCAUUUCGGGUGAGUUAAAGAAGGUGAAGAGUAGGUUAUUUUCGACAGGUAUAGCUGCACAAUCGGUCACCAGCACCUUGGUUAGUAGUGAGGGCUCGAAUCAGAGUAUGCAGACCAUGACAUCGCGAGAAUACCGCAGUCUAUGGUACGACUGUGUUAGAAGAAGUAAAAAGAAUCUUUACAUUACUUUCGACACCAUGAUAGAUGAAUCUUUGAGAUGUGUUUUCUAUGCACAUAAAACGCCUGAAAACUCCCACCAAGUAUUGAUCAAUGCUACCAAGAACUACUACACGAUCUUCCACCCGGUAACGUUCAACCAAUCCCCCGCUCUCUUGUUAACGGAGCACACUGAGCACUUUGAUGACAUAGAGGAAGAAUUGACGAAGCUUGAAAAACCUAACAAUCACAUUCGCGCUGGUACGAUUUUGUUAUGGAAAGAACAUGAUCACCUAAUCAGCCAGUCGGAUGUGUCAAAGAGUUUUCUGAUGAAGCAGAGAGUUUCCAGCGAUUCCCCAAUACGGUCCGGUUUGCUUUUCACGACUCGAGGAUGUCUUGUUGACGACGAAAUGCAUUUGACAAUUUUGGGAUGUUGUGGCGAUGUGCCGACGUUGGAAAAAAUUGCGCGGAAAAUAUCUAAGGGAAAGGCUUCUGGGGGAGAGGCCGUUUCAAAGAAAGAGGCCUCUUCUUGCGGGUUGCGUGGUGCGUGUAUUCAUGAGAAUCCGUUUGUUGGUGCGGAGAAGCAAGCGAUUAGCACUUGUUUGUAG